AUGAAUAGCGACAUCAGUGAGAAACAGACCACUGCGGAGGAGGUCGAGGCGCAGCCUGGACCUAUUUACGAUGCUAGUGAGAAGGUCGACUAUGACAGAGCUGGCGCCAUCGAGGCAGAGGAGGCCGAGCAUAAUAUGACUGUGCUCGAGGCUGUCAAGGCGUACCCCGCUGCCAGCUGGUGGGCAUUCAUUAUGUCAUUCACCAUUAUCAUGGAGUCAUACUGCGUUUUCUUAAUGGGACAGUUCAUCGCUACCGAUCAAUUCGCCCAGGACUUUGGUGUAUACAGCGAAACACAAGGGACGAAGAUUAUCGCAGCUGCAUGGCAGUCGGCAUUCCAGUGCAGCGGGCCACUCGGUGCCUUUAUCGGUGUAUUCCUCGCAGGUCCCAUUACCAGUUGGAUUGGAUAUCGAUGGGCAACCAUUGGUGGUCUCAUGUGUUUGAACCUCUUCAUCUUGAUCUUCUAUUUCGGUACCAGCCAGGGGAUGUUCUUCGCGUCCCAGAUCCUGGAAGGUAUUCCGUGGGGCAUUUUCAUCGCUAAUGCACCCGCCUAUUGUUCCGAAAUUGUGCCAAUGAGAUUGAGAGCUCCAGCAACCCAGAUGUUGCAGAUGUUCUGGGCCAUUGGAUCGAUCAUCGUCGGCGGUAUCACUUACCACUACCAAUCCAGAAAGGACUCUUCAGCUUACAGGGUUCCCAUUGCACUCCAGUGGAUUUUUCCCACUCCCCUCGCUAUCCUAUUAUUCUUUGCACCUGAAUCGCCCUGGUGGCUCGUCCGAAAGGGCCGUCUGGCUGAGGCAGAGAAGUCUGUCAAGCGCCUUGGACGCGCGAGUGCAAAUGAUAAUCCCGCUGACAAAGUUGCUAUGAUGCGUCGCACAAUCGAGCUCGAGAAGAGCGAGAAGAAGCCCAGUCUCAUUGAGCUGUGGAAGGGUACCGAUCGCUACCGCACAUUGAUUGUGUGCGGUGUGUACGCAUCUCAGAACCUGACGGGCAACCUGAUUGCUAACCAAGCGGUUUACUUUUUCAAACAGGCCGGCAUGGCGGACAACACCGCGUUUGCACUUGGUCUCAUCACUUCAGCCCUCCAGUGGAUCAUGGUCAUGCUCUCUUGGGUCCUCACCACUUACCUCGGCCGCCGAACCAUCUAUGUCUACGGUCAACUCAUCAACUGUGCAUUCUUGGUUGCCCUGGGUAUUGCGGGCUCGGUUGGUAUUAGUCAUGCGUCUAGUAAUGCGCAAGCAUCGCUUGGUUUGAUCGUGUCCGUCCUGUUCUGCUUGGGACCCGCCCCUGCCUCAUGGGUCAUUAUCGGCGAGACGUCUUCCGUUCGCCUCCGACCUCUGACAACCGGUAUUGGACGAGGUGCCUACUACCUGAUCAAUAUUCCUUGCAUCUUCCUUUCCAGCUACAUGCUCAACACCGAUAAGUGGAACUUGGGCGGUAAGAGUGGUUAUGUCUGGGCUGGAACCGCCUUUAUCUGCACUGCCAUGUCCUGGUACUGGAUUCCAGAGAUGAAGCACCGAUCCUUCCGUGAGAUCGACAUUCUGUUCAAUCGUCGUGUUCAGGCUCGUAAGUGGGAGAAGACCGUCGUUGAUAUUCGCGAUGAUGAGUAG